AUGAGUUUGAAAAAAAUUUUUCUCCAUUUUAAUCCAAUCACGAUAAUCAGAUUACAUAACGAUUCAUACCAUACAUCAAAAAUGUUACCAAUAAGAAGAGGUAUUGUUGGUGUUGGAAGUCAAAUUCCUAGAUCAUAUUUAUCAUUUUCAAAAACAUCUCAAUUCAUUAGAUUUAAUUCAUCUAUUUCAGAAACUGAAAAUAAAAAAACCAAUAAUAAUAAUAAUGAUACCAGUAUUCAAAAGAAAAAGAAGAAACAACCAGAUAUUUCACAAUUACCAUUAAAUUAUCUUGGAUGUAUGGCUGAUUUUUAUAUUCCUCCAAAAUUCACCAAAUCACCAAUUUUAUCCUGGCCAAGAUUAAUAAUUAGAAGAAUUCUGUUGUUUGCAUUAAAUACAUAUAGUAUAAUUGCAUAUAAAAGAGAAUUAGGAGUACCAUUACAAUUUAAUUUAUGGAAAGAUAAAGGAAUUGAAUCAUAUAUUAGAGCUAAUAAAUCAUUUGCAAAUGCUUGUAAUGAAGGUAAAAUUAAAAUAAAACAAGAUAUUAUUAAUAAAAAUUUAGAUCAUGUUUGUGGUAUUCAUUUUAUUGGUGCUUUAUUAAAUAGAAGUUUAACAUUUCCAAAAGAUUGUAAAUUAACUUGGGAAUUAAUUAAAAUUGAAAAAGAUCCAAAAAUUAUUUCGUUUAAUACUAUUCCUGAUAAUAAUGGUGUUGCUGUUUAUGUUCAAUUUAUAAUGAAAUUAAAUUCAAAACAAAAAAUUACUAUUAAAGAUAAAAAUGAUAAUAUUACUCAAGAAAAGGAAAGUUCAGUUGAAGAUUAUUUGGUAUUUUCACUUGAUCCUGUUAAUCAAGAACUUUUAUUAGUUGGUAAAUUAUUUGAAAGUGAUCAUAUUAGAGGAUUGAAAUCUGAUCUUGAUAUGCUUAAUACUAAAGAAAUGCAAAGAUUCUUGAAAUUAGCUGCUGAUAUUUAUAGAGCUGAUCCAAAAGAUACUACUCAAGUUAAACAAAAUUAA